AUGUCCUCACCCCUCGAGGUAGACGCUCUGGUCGUGGGUGCUGGCGUCGGCGGAAUCUAUUCCACCUACUGCCUCACGCGUCUUGGUCUCAGCACGAAUUGUAUUGAUAUUGCUGGCGAUGUUGGCGGCACCUGGUACUUCAAUCGCUAUCCAGGCGCCAUGAGCGACACCGAGUCGUAUUUAUAUCGCUACUCGUGGGACAAAGACGACCUCCAGACCUACCCUUGGCAGAAACAUUAUCUUUACCAGGCCGAAAUUUUGGCAUAUCUAAAACACAUUGUCAAGAAGCAUGAGCUUCGCCAGUACAUGCAAUUCAAUACCGAGAUGACCUCGGCAGUAUGGAAUGAGUGUACACAGCGAUGGCGCAUUACUUGCUCUACAGGUCUGGUCGUGGAUGCUCGUUAUCUAGUCAACUCACUCGGGUUAUUGUCCAAAGUUCAUUAUCCACCAAUAGCCGGCAUUUCGACAUACAAGGGCAAGUUGGUGCACACCGCUCGGUGGGAUGAAGAUCUGGACGUCAAGGGCAAAACGGUAGGCAUCAUUGGCAACGGCUCCACCGGUGUUCAGGUUAUGACUGCCCUCGCGCCCAUCGCCGGAAGGCUUACCUCGUUCCAACGCCAUCCGCAAUACUCUGUGCCGAGUGGGCAGGGCUUGAUCCCUGAAGACUACCGAGCCAAGAUUAACGGCGAAUAUAACGAUAUCUGGAAGGGUGUCUUCACAUCCAGUACCGGCUUCGGCGUGCCUGAAUCCACACGCAAGGCAAUGGAAGCCACACCUGAAGAACGAGAGAAGGCCUUUCAAGACGUGUGGGACCAAGGAAACGGAUUCCGCUUCAUGUUCAGUGCUUUUGGUGACAUUACCACGGAUCGAGCCGCCAACGAAGAAGCCUGCGCUUUCAUCCGAAGGAAAAUCAGCAGCAUCGUCACAGAUCCCCGCAAAGCCAACAUUCUCAAGCCAAAAGACCUGUACGCCCGCCGACCCCUCUGCGAUUCAGGCUACUAUCAGAUCUUCAACCGGGACAAUGUCGAUAUCGUUGAUCUUCAGGCUACACCCAUCCAAGAAAUUGUACCUGAAGGCGUACAGCUUGCUGACGGGACGAUUCAUAAGCUCGACGUUUUGAUCUUCGCAACAGGCUUCGAUGCCAUUGAAGGCAACUACACACGCGUCAGAAUCAUUGGACGUGACGGCAAGAGCAUCAAAGAUCACUGGCAGCAUGGCCCCACGGCCUACGGAGGCAUUGCCUGCGCCGGAUUCCCCAACAUGUACGUCGUCGCGGGCCCUCAGGGACCGUUUGCCAACUUCCCACCUGUGAUUGAGAGCGAAGUCAAUUUCAUAAUAUCGUGCAUCGAACGCGCUGAGGCGAGCAGAUGCGUGCUCGAGGUCACGCACGAGGCGGAGAGGGGCUGGGUGGCUCUCUGUGAUGAGCUUGUCCAGGGUUCACUGUUCAGGACCGCCGCGAGCUGGAUCUUUGGCCAGAACGUAGCAGGCCGCCAGGCAAGCACAAACUUCUUUUUUGGCGGCCUCAAGGGUUACUUGGAUUGGGUGAAGACAACUGUCACCGAAGGAUUUGUGGGGUUCGAGCAUAGGCCUUGGAAGACGAUUUCCAAGUCGCCCCAGGUUGUUGACCCAUAG